AUGUGCAAAUACCCAGAAAACGAUGCCGCUCCGCAAGGCGUGGACACGGAGGCCCUGUGGGCCUCCUUGGGCUCCUGCCCCAUCUCCCAAGUCCUCCCGAAGCCCCGGGAAUCGCUUCGGCGGGCCAGUGGCGCCCUCUACUGGUGCUGGAGCGCCGUGUCACUACUUCUUCGCCGAAUCCGUCCACACCUUUGGGAAUCUCUGGGCCUGGACCCCAACAUCUGUUGCCCACACAGGAACAGCUCCAGCGCCACGCGGGAAGUAAAGGACCGGCGUGCUUACCCACGGGCUUUAUCUGAGGCCGAUUCCGGGCCCACAGUGACCGACAAAGUCAAUAUGUCUCUGGACGACAUCAUUAGGCUGAACUGGAGCCAGCGGGGCGGCUAUGGCCACGGCCAGGGCAGCCGCAGCCGAGAGGGACCUAGGCUGGACAGAGGCUGGGCCGGCUCACACGGAGGCCCCAGUGGCGGAACGCAGACCGCUAGGCCGUUCAGGCAUCAGGGGGGCCUCGACCGAGGCAGGAACCGGCCGGCGCCCUACAGCAGGCCGAGACAGCUUCCCUACAAGUGGCAACAGGACCGCUUCGGCAGGGGCUUGGGCAGGGGCACCGGCCAGGUGACCAGGGGGAAGUUGCUGCUGUCCAACCUGGACUUCGGGGUGUCCGACGCGGACAUCCAGCAUCUGUUUGCGGAGUUCGGGCCUCUGAGGAAGGCCGGUGUCCACUACGACCGCAGCCUGGGAACAGCCCACGUGCACUUUGAGUGGAAGGCAGAUGCCCUGAACGCCAUGAAACAGUACAAUGGCGUCCCUUUGGAUGACAGCCCCCUCGACAUCCAGCUCCUCACCUCACAGAGAGACAUGCAGCGCAGGCUGGUACAGAUUGUCAAAAGAGGCGGGAUGACUACAAACCGAGGAUCUGGAGGAUUCGGCGGCGGCACUAGGAGAGGCGCCCACAGGGGCAGCCGGGUUACAGGCAGGGUUACAGGCAGGCUCACCGGCCGCAAUUGAAAGCAGCAGAUCUCUGCGGAGGAGUUGGACGCCCAGCUGGACGCUUACAAAGUGAUGAGGGACACCAAGCAGUUCGACGCCCAGCUGGACGCUUACAUCGCGAUGAGGGACACCAAGCAUUUGGACGCCCAGCUGGACACUGACACCGCGAUGAGGGACACCAAAAAGUUGGACGCCCAGCUGGACGCUUACGGUGCAAUGAGGGACACCAAAGUGUUUGACCCCCAGCAGGACGCGUACAACUCAAGCAGGGGCAUCAAGCAGUAGGACGCUGCCCAGGUGGACGCUUACAGCGCGAUGAGGGACACCAAGCAGUUGGACGCCCAGCUGGACGCUGACAACUCGUUGAGGGGCACCAAACAGGUGGACACCCAGGUGGACACUUACAGCGCGAUGAGUGUCACCGAGGAGUUGGACGCCCUGCUGGACUCUUACAACACGAUGA